AUGUGGAACAAAACUUGGACCUUCCCAGAUGAUAAUCCUUUGAAAAUUGUCACAUUCCAAGCAAAAGCUCAAAAUGAUAUUCACAUUAGUUUGGCAACUUCUCCACUCGUUACUAGUCCAAUGUAUGAGAUUGUGAUUGGUGGUUGGGGAAAUGGUCAAAGUGUUAUUAGAAGAGAAGCUCAGGGAGGAGCUUGGGCAAGUAUUGGACAUCAUCCCUGUAAUCCUGAUCAAUUUUUGGAUUAUUGGGUCUGUCUCAACUCUGAUUCUGGAUGCAUUUCUUGUGGAGCUGGUAAAACAGUUGGAGAACAACAAUUUAUGAUUUUAUCAGAUAGUAAUGUCUUGAAUGUCAAGUGUGUUGGAUUUACCACUUGGGAUAAGCCUAUUGAAUACAGAAAUGUGAAAACUAACUCAAUUACACCAUCAAGUUAUGAAUUUUACCUGCAAUUUGGAAGUCUAUUAUGGCUACCAAUGGUAGUCAAUUCUGAUGUCUUGGUUUUCAACGUGAAACAGGGACGACACAAUCUCACAAUUCAAUUCUCAUCAUUGUACAGUACCACUGAGAUUUCAUUUCCUACAAAAUCAAAACAGAAGAAAGGAAAUUGGAUCAGAUAUUAUCUUGUCUGUAGUGGAAAUAGAGUUGCGAGUUAUGUUGGAGAAGAUGAUGAUAAAUCAAUUCCAAAACUUUAUGAAACUAAACAAAUUCCAAACAAUUGUUCUCAAUUUGGGUUCAAUUGUGAUGUGGUCAAUUUUAAUAGAAUAUCAUUGGAAGAUUUCGGAAAACAACUCAAUAAAAAUACGAGUGGAAAGUGGGGUUAUAAUCUGCACCAGAAGAAAACUUCCUAUGAGUUGAGCAAGGAAGUGGCCAUUCAAUUGUUGAAGGAAGAACAACGUCUUCGGAGAUUGUCCUCUACUCAACAGUCAUACACGGAAGCUGAUACGAAUUUUAGAAUGCUCGAGAAUAUUACCUAUGAUUUGCAAGAGAAGGCUUUGCAGAAUGUAUUGGGCAUUGAUCAUUCGGAUCCAAUGUGGCAUGAAGCAUUGAUUGCCUUUAGAAAUUUGAGAGCAAUUUAUCAAAAUGAUCCUGAUGUGAAUCAAUUAACAGAUUAUUUCAAGUAUGACAUGUCUAGAGAUUUCUUUGUUCAAAAGGUUAAUUUGGAAACUAUCAAGAUUGUAGACUUGCUUGGUUAUUAUGAUUUUGAGAAGGAGAUUAAUAAUUUUGAUCAAAUGCCUAGCUCUGAAGAAUUAGUUGCAAAUAAUACGAAAACAUUGGCUCAAUUUUUAACAGAAAGAAAUACCAAUAACUUACCAGUUGCAAUUAUUGGAAGCUCAUACUCCUGA